AUGGAGGCAGCAGGCAAAAUAACCAAAGUAGCUGUUUCUCCUCUCGAAUCUCUCCACCAACACCACCACCAUUCCAACCCCACCACUCUCUCCUUAUUCAACGGUUGCGAUGAUGCCCGCCAAAUCCACGCUCGCCUCAUCAAAACCAAGAACGCCCAUAACAAUUUCUACCUCUCCAAACUCCUCUCUCGCUUCAUCCAAUCCAACCACAUUCAUGAAGCUCGCCUCCUAUUCGACCAUGCCAAACGACCCAACACCCUCGUUUGGAACACUCUCCUCAAAGGCUACGUCGACAGCGGCCUCUUUCUCGAAGCUCUUCUCCUUUUCAAGAAAAUGCGGAGAGAAGGAAUCUCGCCCGACUCCUACACUCUACCUUUCGUUCUAAAAGCAUGCGGUGGGUCUGGCACCGAUGUAUCGUCGAUUGGAGUUGGAACUUCUGUCCAUUCCGUUGCGGUUAAGUCCGGUUUGGAUGACAAUCUCUUCGUUCAGAAUUCUGCCAUUGAUAUGUACUGCAGGUGUUUGAUGAUUGAAUCUGCACGGAAACUGUUCGAUGAAAUGUCUGAAAGAGAUUUGGUCUCGUGGACGUCGAUGAUUUCGGGUUAUGCUGGCUGUGGCGACAUGGAAAUUGCGAAGUUGUUAUUUGGGUCGAUGGGCGAGAAGGAUAUUGUGUCGUGGGGGGCAAUGAUAUCUGGUUUUGUGCGGAAUGGUUGUCCAGAUGAAGCUCUGUUCUUCUUCCGUGAGAUGCAGUUGUGUGGUGUUCAGCCUGGCGAGGUUGCGAUUGUCAGCGCACUUUCUGCUUGCGCGAGCUUGGGCCUCAGGAGUAUGGGGCUGUGGCUUCAUGGGUUUGUGGUGAGGCGUGGUUUGGAAUUGACAGCUUUCAUGGGCACCUCCCUCAUUGACAUGUAUGGUAAGUGCGGCGAUGUGGACAAUGCACGUCAAGUGUUCGAAUCGAUGCCUGAGACUACUCUAGCUUCUUGGAAUUCUAUGAUUGGAGGGCUUGCCAUGAAUGGGAGAACUGAAGAAGCUCUGUCAACGUUUUCAGAUAUGGAGAAAGCAGGAAUCAAACCGAACUCAAUCACCCUUUCUAGUGUUUUAUGCGCUUGUCGGCAUGGAGGACUCGUCGAGGUGGGCCAUUAUUAUUUUGAACAUAUUAGCAAAGAAUACAACAUCUCCACCAACUUGGAUCACUAUGGAUGCAUGGUUGAUCUUCUGGGUAGGGCAGGUUAUGUGAAUGAAGCUUACGAACUGAUCAAAACUAUGCCUUUUGAGCCCAAUGAAGUCAUCUGGGGAGCAUUGUUAGGUGCAUGUAAGAUCCAUGGAAAUCUCAAACUAGGUGAACAUGCAAUCGAGUGGCUUGUAGAGCUCGACCCACAUAACAGUGGGAACUAUGUGCUGCUCUCAAACAUGUAUGCGACACUCGGUAGAUCGGAGGAUGUAGAGAGGGUGAGAGCAGAAAUGAGGGAGAUGGGUGUGGAGAAACCUCGAGGUUGUAGCUCCAUUGAAGUAAAUAGCAUUGUUCAUGAGUUCUACGCCGGCGAUCACUCACACACAGAUGUCAACGAAGUCUAUGAGAAGCUUACAGAGCUGUACUGUAAGAUGGAGGAGUUAGGAUACCAGCCUAGUGUAGAUUUGCAAAUGUAUAGUGUAGAAAGCUAUUGA